AUGUUGUCACUAAAGCGCCACGAUACAAAGCUCCGGAUCGAAGGCAUUGGAGGACAACCAAGAAUGAGCAGAGCAAGAGUAACUAUUCUCGUUAGCUCUCUUCACGGGGAUUUCAGCCAGCGCAUAGAAGCGUUUGUGCUUCCCCACAUCAUAGCUGACCAACCAGCUCAACCACUAACACAUUGUGCGUUAAAGAUACCCAAUGAGUGUCCAUUAGCGGAUCCCCAGUUUGAUAAACCUGGAAGGAUAGAUCUACUAAUCGGCACCGAGCACUAUUACUCGCUUCUCCUUCCAAAUCAGCAGAAGGUCGGAAGAGAUGGUGCCAUGCUACAAAACACGAAACUCGGAUGGAUUGUAGCAGGCAGAGUUAAAUCUAAAACUCAAUCAGCCAUAGCCUGUGGUGUCGGUGUCGGUGAAGAAACUGACGCACUGAUUGAAAGGUUUUGGAAGCUAGAUAAUUUGGAAAACCAGACGAAACAUCGAUCUCCGUCAGAGGCACAUUGUGAGAAACACUUUAUAGAAACUCUGAAGAGAGCAGAAGACGGACGAUUUAUUGUAAAAUUGCCGUUCGCCGAGCACCCUUCAGCCCUGGGGGAGUCGAAAGAAAUUGCGAUCAAAAGGUUUUUAGCACUAGAGCGACGAUUAACCGGUGAUGUUCGGAAAGGUUAUUCUGAGUUCAUGAAAGAAUAUGAAGCCUUGGAACAUAUGAAGUUUGUUCCAACAACACAUGUACCCAACAAUCACUACUUCAUACCACAUCACUGUGUUCUGAAGCCUGACAGCAGCAGCACAAAGCUACGAGUGGUGUUCGAUGCUUCAUGCAAAACAUCAAGUGGGAAAUCUUUAAACGACAUAUUACAUACAGGACCCACUGUUCAGAGCGAGCUAAUGGCCAUACUACUACGCUUCAGAAUACACAAGUAUGUGUUCACGGCGGACAUAGAAAAAAUGUACCGGCAAGUAUGGAUCAAUCCAGAUAAUCAGUUCCAUCAGCUUAUAGUCUGGAGAAAUGAUCCAUCCGAGGAUCUUAAGUACUAUAGACUUAAAACCGUCACGUAUGGAACCAAAACAGCUCCGUUUUUAGCCACGAAAUGUCUAAAUCAUUUAGCAAUCCGGUCACGGGACAACUACCCAUUGGGGUCUGCGGCGCUUGAAAAUGAUUUUUACGUAGACGAUUGCUUGACAGGUGCUGACUCAGUGGCAGAAGCAGUUCAAAUCCAAAGUGAAUUGAAUAAAAUAUUGCUACCACACGGUUUCAAAUUACGAAAGUGGUGUUCAAAUAAUGCAGAACUACUACAAGGAAUACCAAAAGAGGAUACUGUGAGCGAUGUUAAGUUGGGUGAAACCUUGGACCAAUACAGUGUUAAAACACUCGGUCUCAUAUGGAUGCCCAAUAAAGACAAACUUUGCGGAUGA